AGGACAGUCAAAAAUAUAUAAACGCUAACCAAAUGCAUUCUAAUACUACAUAGCAAUCAGCUAAAAUGUGUCACAGGUUUUCAGCUUCGUUCGCAUCUUGUCUGCUGUUUGCUGCUCUGGCAUCUCAAGUUCAUGGAAAUGAGCUUGAUGAAAGUGAACGAAUUAUUGGAGGCCAGGAUGCUCAGCAGGGAAUGUUCCCGUGGACAGUUGCUUUGUUUUACAAUAACCAGUUCAUCUGCACUGCCUCAGUUAUUUCACCAACAGAUGUUCUGACCGCGGCCCACUGUGUUGUCUUUGAUGGCGUAGUUCAACCAGCAUCGUCGUACUAUGGCAUUGCUGGCAACGUCAACAAGAGCUCCCCCGUUUAUCGAAUUAAUUUCUCAGGACUGACACCCCACCCUGACUAUGGUACCACAUUCGACAACGACUUGGCCAUCUUCAGGGCGUCGGAACCCAUACCAAUAAGUGAUAACUUGAAGCCAAUCUGCAUUGCCGCCCCCGACUCGGACGCAGAAUAUCGAACUGCCAUUGCUAUGGGAUGGGGACGUACUAACAGAAUAAGAAUAUUGCCCACACAAAUUCCCGAUAUUCUUCAGUAUGCAAACCAACGUAUUGUUCCCAAUACUCAAUGUCAAGCAAUUUAUGGUCCUUUGAAUGAUAUGAAACUGUGCGCAACCGGACUUUUCACUGGAGUCUGCAAUGGUGAUUCCGGAGGACCCCUUGUCCACCUUCGAGAUGACACUCCAAUUGAGAUCGGAAUCGUGUCUUACGGAAACGCAAUUAUCGGCUGCGGAAAGACACUGGGCCCAGCCGUGUUCACCAGAGUUAGUUCCUACAACGAUUUCAUCACGCAGACGGCAAAUGAUGUUUGUGUGGCGUAGCUGAUUGCCUGCAAAGAAAUCGUCUUUGUUUCCGACAAAUGUAUGGCGAACGGAUUGUACAAAGACGAUAAUUAAUAAAUGUUUUGUUGAAUUACAAAAA